AUGCAUUCGCUUAUCUUACCACUGGUUCUGGUUGUAAGCCUAGCCGGCCGAGCAAAAUCCGAAUGCCAGUCUUUCGGUUAUGACUUCGUCGACGGCGGUGGCCCUUACUGCAUUAAUACCACAUCUAACGACUGGUUUGCCUUUGGCACAGUUUUUCAAGGAUGCCAACCGGAUGACAUUCAGGACUCGGUCACACCUAUCUUGAUAGCACCAAACAGCGACGAAUACUUCUGCUCAGACAUUGAUACCAAUCCUGAUGGUGCUAAUAUUCUAUCUACGUGCAAUGUACCGGGUGAUGAAAUGCCCAAAAGUGCCAUGUGGUCUGGAGAUUGGAUCGUCAUCAUCGAAGGACUGACCUUUGCGUGGAUGAGGAACUUCUCGAUCAAUGCAGGCCCACCCGUUGUCGUCACCAGCACCCCAACGGUAACUUAUACUACUCCCUACACACCCUCAACCACGGUGACUAUGACCUUUACACAAGGUUAUACAACGACCCUGCUCCCAUCGACUGUGACAUUGCCCAAGACUACCUCCACGCGGACGAUCACUGUAAGACCGAGACCGGUAACAGUGACCACAACUUCGACAUCCACAAGAAUCCGCACCACCAAAGUCUUCUCAAAAACGAUCACAACCACCACCAUUGCCGCUAGUUGCAGGACGCAACUACCGAGGAGAGAUCGAACAUGUACACUCCGCCCCUCAAAAGCCACACUCGCUGCUGCGAACGCUCCUGUCACUGCUAUUCCUCGUAUACGUCGCGCGGAAAGUGGUGUCCUUGAGAGACUUAGGAAGCGCAGAGUUGCGCGUCGACAAGAGGGAGGGUUGGUUAAACGUGGUACUGGACCAGAUCUGUGCACCACCACAUUCAUGGAUACCAGCAAAAUAGUCUCGACUUACAUCACGGUUACUUAUCCAACUAGCACGGAACUCGUCAGCGAGUUCACGACCACGACUGCAACCGUCACACCCGCGGCAGUGACAGCUUAUUCUGGCAGAGCGCGAACCACCAUCACGAUCACCGCAUCGACUCCAACUCGGACUCGUACGACAAUAGCCCAUGUGACUGCACACACAACAUCGACCAUCUGGGCAACAAUCACAUCGACUAUCAAGACAACACCAUCUGGCAUGAUCUGCGCCACAUCAACAAACUGG